AUGAUGACUGCUGUGGAUCUGCUUGCGUUCUGCCAACAGAUGAUGAUGACCAUGCACCAGGAUUCUCCCAUCAACAACAGUGGUGCCCCUGUAAAUGACUUGAAGCAGAAGGUCCGUGAAUACCAGAAGGAGGUUAAGGCGUCAUCAGAGAUGAAAAACUGUGACUACAUUCGAUGGAUCCAACUAUCAGGCGUGGAAGGUUGA